AUGAUACUUACAACAAUUACCCAGAAGAGAUCGACGCGUCCGGCGGCUAUACCUCUUGACCAAAAAUCGGAUUUCAUUACUACAAUCGUGAGAGUUGAGCCAUACUUCGUUAAUGACCACCUUGUCUUCCAUCAAGCAAAACCAAGUAUCCUGGAAGCAGAAAUCCUUCAUUGGUCUCGCCACAAUGAUAAACAUGUCUCAUCGUCGGACGCCUUCUACCCUCAGUCAUACAAGACUUCUGCUCGUGUCUUGCCAGGACCAAAGCCAUCAAAGGCUCAUCUUGAGUAUCCGUCAAAACCAGCCAGACUCUACCGGGACAAGAAGACAAUGAACUCUAAUAGCCAUCCAGACGCUCAAGCAGCAGCGCGGUUUGCUUUCUUAUCUUCAUCAGCUACAAAAACUACUCCUCUUGUUGAUUCUUCAAGGAAGAAACCUUCAUGGUCAUGUUCCAGGCAACUUAAGGCUGCCCAGAAUGCUGCCCAACGGGCAGCUUCAAGAUUUACUAAAUGUCGGAUGAAAGCCUCAAAAAAUGGUAUCAAUUCAUCCUCCAACGAGUCUCCUUCCAAGACCAAAACUCUGUUUAUUCAAGAGCCCAAUGCCCAUACUAGCACCAAGUUCAACAGAAUGUCUCAGAUCCGCGACAUUUUGGCUGCGAAGAAUAAUAUGCCGGUCGAUAAUGCCGCUAUGCGUCUGGAAAAGUUUAGGUGCGUAAACUAUCGAGACCAUGCGUCAAACUACAGCAGAGUUGCAGGAAAGCAAAGGCCGAAAGAGUGUGAGAACGAGAUCGAGGUUGAAAAUGAGGGUUUCAAGGGUCUUUUCGCCCGCAAAAGCAACUUCGUAGGCACUCAGAAGCUGAAGCAUAAAAUUUUGGGCCAAAAAGGGCGAAAGUUCUGCGUUUCAGCUUCGAGGACGCCUUUCGCGUAUUCUCCCCUUCCGCUUGAUGGGUCUUGUUGUCCCACAUCGUCCCCUUUCAUCCUAUCAACUCCACUUGAGCCACCAUCUUCACCUGGAAGUCUCAGUGACGAAAGUUCAUAUCUAUUUGAGAAAUUUUGGGGCAAAAGGAAGUCCAGUGUACGCCUGGAACCGUUGCCUCAGUCCAAGUACUUAUCGUACCGAUCUGACGACUGUUUGGAUGGUAUAUUUGAGUGUGUUGACGAUGUUAUCAAGCAGGCUAGAGAGGAGUUUGCAUUGUUCCCUGAAGUGGAGGAGGACUCUAAGGGUGAGCCAGUAGAGACAUGA